GAUACGCCUCUUACCGGGAGCAUGAUUUUAUUGAUUCGAGAGCCUCGUUUCCGAACCGGUUUCGUGCCACUUAGCCGCGCUGGAGAUCGUCGGUUAUUUUUUUGUUGUUCUUGCCUGUGAUCGCGUGUAAACUUUAUUUAGGGAUAUAUAAAAACGAUCAACGACGAUAUUGUAACACGGAUUUCAUCCGUGAGAGGCUGCACAUCACUGAAGUUAGAACAGGAUCCCGGAACAGAUGCUAAUGGCGUCGCGCGCUACGUUCAGAAACAAUAUACCCGGAGACAAGGCGAAGAGAUGAGACCAUAGAGCAAAGAAGUCUAUCAUCCAUCUGGACCAGUAAGCAUCCGAAUCGACUUCAGUAUGCCGUUCACGGCGGACGCGGCGGCUAGCCAGAUCCAGGAGAGGCUGAAGAACCUGUACCACCUGGUGCACGAGAUCGAGUCGCAGCGUGUCCGGUCGGAGCACAAUUUGAACAACAUCAUCAAGACCUACGACAAGGUGACGCCGGAGGACAAGGUGUCCCCCUACUACCAGCAGAAGCUGAAGAACCUGUACAGCGCGGCGGUAGGGGACGCCCAGCAGGAGGAGGAGAUCCUGCGGAAGGCUUUGGGGAAGAUCAACGAAAUCCGCGCGAUCAGGAACGAGCGUCGCAUACAGGCCCGCAACGCCGGCAAUAAAGAAACGAUCAGACGGGGCGCGCUGAUGAAGAUGCUCUCGAGCACGGCGCAGACCCUGCCGCUCUACGUGGGGAAGACACCGGGGGCGAAACCGCCGCCCCUAUGCGGCGCGGUUCCCGCGGAGCUGACGUACAUCGCGAAGAUGGGCGACAUGGUCGCGGCUCUGGUGAAGGGCUCCGAAGAAGAGGAGAACUGGAUUCUGGCGGAGGUGGUGCAGUUCAAUCCGACGACGAACAAGUACGAGGUGGACGACAUCGACGAGGAGCAGAAGGACAGGCACACGCUGUCCAGGCGAAGAGUGGUGCCGUUGCCGUUGAUGAGGGCCAACCCGGAGACCGAUCCCCACGCCCUCUUCCCGAAAGGGUCGAUCGUGAUGGCGCUGUACCCUCAGACGACCUGCUUCUACAAGGCGGUGGUGAACCAGCUGCCGACCACCGCCACGGAGGAGUACGAGGUCCUCUUCGAAGACGCGACCUACUCGGACGGGUUCUCGCCGCCGUUGAACGUCGCCCAGCGUUACGUGAUCUCCAUCAAGGAGAGCAAGAAGAACAAGAGCCAGUGUUGAGCGCGAGGCCGACAGGAGGUGGAAGUAUUAUCGCGCGUAUCAUCGUGCGAUCCGCGCGCGCACGUUACCGCUAGUACCUUUUAUACGAACGGAGAUGUUUUAUGGAAAUAAAGUUCAUUGAUUUUAAA